CUCACCAAAGCCCCGAUCGCAGCCUGCAACCCGGCUCUUUAAACCUUCGAACACCCUCAGCCCCUGUAAAACAAACCUUCCCUGGCGGAGCAUGCGGUCAGCUACCAGGGACAAGUUGGAGAGUUUUUCCUAACUCGCCUGGAUGAUGCGCCCUUGACGUUCUGGAUUAAACAGUAUUUAUUUAAGAAGUUACUAUUUGCCCAUCGCUGGAAUUGUUGGAAAGUUUGGGAUCCCCCUUGUUACCGACGCUGGCGGGAGGCAUUGGCCAACUCCCGGACCCCCCGAGUGUUCACCGUUCCACCGAGAUGGGAAGCAAGACGUUGCCCGCUCCGAUCCCCCUUCACCCACCGCUACAGUUGACCAAUUAUUCCUUCUUGCAAGCUGUGAACACUUUCCCCUCGGCCGUGGACCACUUGCAGGGUUUGUACGGACUCAGCACGGUUCAAACCAUGCACAUGAACCAAUGGACACUGGGUUACCCUCACCUGCACGGAAUCGCCAGGUCCACCUUCACUGAGAUGGCUGCGGCUCAGAGGUUCAUGGACGGCCGGUUCCCGUUUCCGGCACUGCCGUUUGGGACACACGUCUUCCAUCCGAAGCAGGGCACUGUCGCCCACAUUAUCCCCUCCCUGCAGAAAGACCGGCCCCGCUUUGACUUUGCCAACUUGGCACUAGCGGCGACCCAAGAAGACCCGCCAAAGCCCGGAGACUUUCCCAAGCUGAGUCCCGGGGUUGGAGGCUCCCACGGGGAAGUGGGGAAACUAACCCUGGACAGAAAACCUUCCAGGGGGAGGCUACCGUCCAAGACCAAGAAAGAGUUCAUCUGCAAAUUCUGCGGGAGGCAUUUUACCAAAUCCUACAACCUCCUCAUACACGAGAGGACCCACACGGACGAGAGACCUUAUACCUGUGACAUCUGCCACAAGGCAUUCAGAAGGCAGGAUCACUUGCGGGACCACAGAUAUAUCCAUUCCAAAGAAAAACCUUUCAAGUGUCAGGAGUGUGGGAAAGGAUUUUGUCAAUCAAGGACCUUAGCAGUUCACAAAACGUUACAUAUGCAGGAAUCUCCUCACAAAUGUCCCACAUGCGGAAGAACCUUUAAUCAAAGAAGUAACCUGAAAACUCACCUUCUUACCCAUACAGACAUCAAGCCCUACAACUGUGAGCAGUGCGGCAAAGUGUUCCGGCGUAACUGUGACCUGCGGCGGCACAGCCUAACGCACACCCCUCGGGCGGAAUAUUGAGCGAGUCGUCAGCCAAGCCACUCCGCGUUACUUGAAUUUGCUGUGAAUACUUGUAUAAAAUGAACGAAUAAAUAAAUAACCAAAACAAAAAAAAGUACAGACAAUAGCCGCACUCAUGUAAUUCAAUUGUUUUAUACAUAUUACGGUUCGAAAAAGAGCUUUCAACGAUGUGUACAUAAAAUGUUUUUUUACUGUUAUAUUUCCAAUCUGCAAAUGAGAAAAAAUGGAAGCAUGUGAAUA